AUGGCCACCCCUAGUGUCCUCGCUUUUGACGCUGAGGGUCGAGCCAUAGACUUUGAGGUCUGGCUCGACGACCUGCAGCUGUUUUUACAGUGCGAUAGGGCGGACGGUCUGUCUCUCUUUGACCUCACCUCUGGCGCCGUCCCUGCCCCUGCUGCUGAUGCUGACGCCACUGUUCGCUCACAGUGGGCCACGCGCGAUGCUGCUGCACGUCUUGCUGUGCGUCGCCACCUGCCUACCGCUGAGCGCGCGCACUUUAGCCAGGGUGUUCUCCUUCCCCUCUCCUGCCCUCUGUCGCCUCUGCCGCUGCGGCCGACCUCGUUGGUCUUGAGUCGGUCGGUGCGGCGUCUGCCCCUAGCGGGAGACGCCGCUCUGGCAAGGGCAAGGGGGGCAAGGGAGCGGGUGGGGCCAGCGGGGGCGGUGGAGGUGGAGGUGGAGGCGGCGGAGGGAGUGGGGGUGGCGGUGGAGGUGGUGGCGGGGGUGGGGGUGCUAAUGGCGGCAGUGGAGGCGGGGGUGGCGGCGGCGGUGGCGGUGGGAGCGGAGGUGGCGGAGGCGGCGGCGGUGGAGGCGGAGGCGGGGGCGGUGGAGGCGGAGGCGGGGGUGGCGGUGGUGGAGGUGGUCGGAGUGGAGCUUCUCAGCGGAGCAGCACUGGGGGAGGUCAGCGCCAGCAGCAGCAGCAGCAGCGUUCUCGCGACGUCCCCACCCCUCAGCAGCUCCUGUGGGGGCACCCACACCGCCCAGCGCUGCUUUGGCCGCCUGACGGACGCUUGGCUCCAGCAGUUCCCGGAGGCCGCGGAGAUCCCCCGCUGGGGAGAGCUGUCUAGGGCUGGUGUAGCUAUCUUUGAUCUUGAUUUUGAUGCUAUCCUUGCUGCCAUGUAUGCUGUGACCAUUAGUGAUGAGGGUGACUGUUACCGGUGUUUCCCGCCCGACCCGGGCAUUGGUACUUCUGCUCUAGGUGCCAGUGUGUCUGUGCUCUCAGGUGCUGGUGAGGCUGCUCUCUCAGGUACUAGUGCGUCUGCGCUCUCAGGUACUGCGUCGGCUUCGGCCUCCCACACCUUCACUCUUGACUCUGGAGCGUCUCGCUCUUUCUUUCGGGACCGCACCACACUCACGCCGCUUAGUCGGCCGGUUGCGGUUUCCCUGGCUGACCCCUCUGGGGGUCCUGUCCUGUCUCGCUUCUCCACAGUCCUCCCGUGUCCGGCGGCUCCCUCUGGCACCCUGUCUGGUCUCUACCUCCCCUCGUUCUCUACGAACUUGGUGAGUGGUGCUGACCUACAGGAUGCGGGAGUCCACCAAUUCACCCCUGCUCGUCAGCGAGUGACGCACUGCACAGAGGCUAGCACGGGUCGUCACCUGGCUACGUUUACACGUCAGCCAGGGUCGAGCCUGUACACACUGACCACUGCUUCUCCUCCAGGUGCUGAGUCUGGUAGAGUCCCUUCGUCUGGUCAGGUGUUUGCUGCAGCGUCCAGGUCUGGUCCUGAGUCUGCCCCCUGUUCGUGUCGCCGUCUGUCUCACGAGACCCUCCUCUGGCACCACCGCCUUGGCCACCCCUCUCUGCGUCGGCUCAGAGGCAUGGCCUCCCGUCUUCUUCUGUCUGGUCUCCCCCGGUCCCUCCCUCCCCUUCCUCAGGGCCCUGGCCCUGCCUGUGUCCCCUAUGUCGAGGGGCGCCAUCGUGCUGCCCCUCACUCCUCCCAGUUUCCUCCGACACAGGCUCCGUUGCAGACGCUUCACAUGGACGUGUGGGGCCCUGCCCGCGUCCGUGGACUCGGUCACGAGCGCUACUUCCUGUUGGUGGUUGACGACUACUCGCGUUACACCACAGUCUUCCCCUUGCGCAGCAAGGGUGAUGUCACUGAGGUGCUGAUCGACUGGAUCCGCGCAGCUCGUCUCCAGCUCAGGCAGAGCUUUGGCUCGGAAUUUCCGGUGUCGCGUCUGCACUCGGACAGAGGCGGAGAGUUCUCCUCUGGCCUUCUGCGUGCCUACUGUCGUACGCGGCGCAUCAGAUCAACCUCCACCCCAGGGUCUCCAGGCCGGAGACCUCCCCAGCCCUGCUGUGGACGGGGAAGGUUGGCGAUGCGUCGGCGUUCCGGGUCUGGGGAUCUCGGGCGUUUGUCCGCGACUUGUCUGCGGACAAGCUGUCCCCUCGCGCUGCAACCUGCGUCUUCCUGGGGUUCCCCCCCCGACGCCCCUGGGUGGCAGUUCUACCACCCCACCUCUCGACGUGUUCUGUCCUCCCAGGACGUCACGUUCGACGAGUCGGUACCCUACUACCGCCUCUUCCCCUACCGCACUCCGUCCCUCCCCCCGCCCCCGCUCUUCUUGGUACCAGGUCCCCCCCCGGUAGACCCCCUCCCCCCUCAGGGUCCUGCCCCUUCAGGUGUGUCCCAGGUAGACGCGGUCGAGCCUGUCGAGGUCACUGGUGACUCUGGUGCUGCUGCGGGAGCUGAGCCUGGGGGUGCUGGGUCUGGAGGUGCUACGCUUGGGAGUGCUGAGCCUGGGGGUGCGGAGUCUGGGGGUGCUGAGCCUGGGGGUGCUGAGCAUGGGGGUGCUGAGCCUGGGGGUGCCGAGCCUGGGGGUGCAGAGUCUGGGGGUGCUGAGCCUGGGGGUGCUGGGCCUGGGGGUGCUGAGCCUGGGGGUGCUGAGACUGGGGGUGCUCCGCCUGGAGGCGUGAUGCUGGUGCUGGAGGUUCUUCGGCUGCAGAGGGUGCUGCUGCCGAGCGUCCCGGAGGUGCUCGUGCUGUGGGUGCUGGAGCUGCUGGGCCUGCGGGUUCUCCUGGAGCUGGUGCUGCUGAGGGUGUUGGCGCUGAGACUACCGCUGGCGGUCCGACUAGCAGUGCUCCUGGUGGUGCUGUUGGAGGUUCUGGAGCUACUUGAGGUGCUGCUGGAGGUGCUGCUGGAGCGGGUACUCCUGCUGGGGGUACUGGUGCUGUCCCUGCUGUUUCUGGCAUCGCCACGCGGCCCUGACCGUACUUCGUUCCGCUCCUGCAGCAGGUUCUUGGUCCUCCUCCUCCUCCCUGGUCCACAGCCUGUCUCGUCACAGUCACAGCUACAGCCUGCCUCCCCUUUGCCUGCUCCUUCUCCCUACGCUGGUCUGACUGGAGGUCUUACUGAGCGUCGUGAGCCUGCGUCUCGUCCUGCGUCGCCUGUUCGUACUGCGCGCACUAGUGGUCGCGGUUCGCGUCAGCGUCCUCCUCCUGUCCCUGGCACGCACCGGAUGUCUUUGCGUCCGUCCACUGCUCCUCUGCGUGCCCCUUUGCCUUCUCCUCCUGCUUCCUCUCUUCCUGCUCUUGCCGACCCGGAGUCGGACUCUCUUCGUGCUGCGAGUCCUACUGUCACGCGUCUCCUUGCUACUGCUGUCACUGACCCUUCUUUCGAGUCUUCUGUUGCGUCUGCCCUUGUCACCGAGCUCGUCGACUUUGCUGCGCGCUGUCGUCUAGACUACGCUGCUAGUCUUGUCGCUGAGUCUGAGUCUGCCUGUCCUCCGUCCGUCGGGGGUGAGUGUGCCCUUGGCACGGACAUCCUUGAGGACAGGCAGGAGGAGUUCCAGUGUCUGGCCGCCGCUUCACCUCAUCUCGCGUCUGUACUGCUAGCCCCUGAGGGAGACCCGGAUGCACUUGACAUCCCGACUCCGCGCUCUUACGCGGAGGCGAUAGAGGGUCCCUACUCCUCUCAGUGGCAGGCAGCUAUGGAUGCAGAGAUGGCUUCCUGGAAGUCCACAGGCACCUAUGUUGACGCUGUUCCCCCUCCUGGGGCGAACAUCGUUAGUGGCAUGUAG